GAGUGUCCGGUUUGUGUACGCAUGCCGAGCCUGUGAACAAAGCGGUCGCGAGCUUGCCGUGCUUGAGUGGACAAGGACCGCCAUUUCGCGGAGUUCAAGUUGAUCGGCAAAUUGGCGGGCUAGCUUGAGUCAGGAAGGAUGCGCAUCUCAACUCUUGGUUUUGUUGUUCCGGCAUUUGAGGUAGUUUGCUGAGUACUCCCAAGGGCAGUGCUGGUGAUCUGCGCAAGCUUAUGCGAACUGCACCAGUCGGGCAAGGCAGCAAUUUUGUGUGUGUGUGUGUGUGUGUGUGUGUGUGUGUGUGUGUGUGAGAGAGAGAGAGAGAGAGAGAGAGAGAGAGAGAGAGAGAGAGAGAGAGAGAGAGAGAGAGAGAGAGAGAGAGAGAGAGAGAGAGAGAGAGAGAGAGAGAGAGAGCCUGUUGCUCUGGCUUGAUUUGAGUGAAGAUGGCGACGAAUGCUAGCGAGAAGGAGGCAGCUUUCGUCGCCUACGACUUUGAGACUGACGAGAGGUGGUUGACAUACAGGACGAAUCUGACUAUUCCGCCUGGGCGCAACGAGGCGGCCGUCAUUCGGCGCUACAAGCAAAAGUUCUUCAGACAGCACAUUGAUCCGGACUACCAGAUCGAUCCGCUGCCCGCGUCGACUGCAUCGAAAGCAAUCCCAUCCGGUUUUCAUGCCGGAAGAGACAUUCCUCGACCACCACGGCAAUCUUCUGCAGACUCAUCAAGAACUUCGUCAUUUCAACGAGCAACAUCGUCACCAUCAGCAUCGACAUCUGGCUCUGUACCGCGUGGAGCAGCAUCGUCAAGCCAUGCAGCUGCCAGAGGAAUGGCACCUGCACAAGUUUUCGAUUCAAAAGCUAUCCUUUUCUUGGCAAAUGCGUGG